GCUUCCCUGGAUAUAACGGGUUUGUAUUCCGGAUUAGGAAGAUCUGUGGGGGAGAUAAGAUCCUAUUGUUAAAAACCAGCUUCGCACGGGGUUUCCUGUUAGCUGUACUAGCUCCUGUUACUGGUGCAUCACGAAACCAUAUUUCAUUAGGCCAUACAGUUAUAGUAGUAUAAUAUUCUCACAGCCGUCUAGCUGCAUUGGUCAUAUGACAAGUAGGCCUAUAUCCAGGCAGAUUGAGAGACAAUAUCUACAUUUUCAACUGAAAGAUUCAAUAAUAGACAAACAAGAUGGAUCGCGCUCACGCUCCCCAGGAUUCGUCCAACGAUGAAAUGCCCAAACUUUAUACCAUGAACAACGGAAAGAAGGUCACUCCAACUUUUUCGAAAGCAGAGAUGGACCGUCGGAUAGCGAUGGUGAGGAAAUACAUGGCAGAAAAUGACAUCGGUGGAAUCCUCUUCACCUCAAUGCAUAACGUGAACUACUUCUCAGACUUCCUCUAUUGCUCCUUCGGUCGUCCCUAUGGCUUGAUCGUCACUGCAGACAAAGUCACAAGCAUCUCUGCAGGAAUUGACGCUGGACAACCCUGGAGACGGACCAGUACUGGAGGUAACGUCGUCUACACGGACUGGCAACGGGACAACUUCUGGACGGCCGUUCAGCAGGAACUGGCCGAUGUGCCUUCGGGAUCGAAGAUUGGUUGCGAGUUCGACCACAUGACGCUGGAGAAUAAAGUGAAGCUCGACAAGGCUGUUUCGGGAAAGGGCAUCGUCGACGUCGGAACACCGAUGAUGAUGCGGAGAUUGAUCAAGUCUGAUGAGGAGAUUGCGCUGAUCACUGAAGGUGCUAGGAUAUGUGAUCUUGGAGGCAAAGCGGUGGUCGACGCCAUUGCAGAGGGUGUUGGUGAACACGAAGUGGCCCUCCGUGGGACUGAGGCCAUGGUCAUGGAGAUAGCCAAGAGUUUCCCAGAUGCAGAGCUUAGAGAUACCUGGAUUUGGUUCCAAUCUGGAAUCAAUACGGACGGAGCCCAUAACCCUGUGACGUCACGCAAAAUCCAGAAAGGCGACAUUCUUAGUAUGAACACAUUCCCCAUGAUCGCUGGAUAUUACACUGCUCUCGAACGCACGCUUUUCUGCGACCAUGUCCCCUCAGACCGUCACAUGGAAGUAUGGAAGAAGAACUGCGAAAUCCAUCGCCGUGGUAUGGCCCUGAUCAAGCCAGGUGUUCGAGUGUGCGACAUCGCCGCCGAGCUCAACGACAUGUAUCGCAAAUUCGAUCUCCUCAAGUACCGGAGCUUCGGCUACGGCCAUUCGUUCGGUGUGCUAUGUCACUAUUACGGCAGAGAGGCUGCUCUGGAGAUACGUGAAGACAUCGAGACAGUAUUAGAACCCAACAUGGUGGUCUCGAUGGAGCCUAUGGUCACCAUACCCGAAGGAGAGCCUGGUGCAGGAGGCUACAGGGAACACAACAUUCUCGUCGUGACCAAAGAUGGCGCUCGAAACAUCACUCAUUUCCCAUUUGGUCCAGAGCACCUUGUCGUCAAAAAAUGAUAUUCUUACAGGGAAAAUAUUAAAUAUGGCCAAUCUAUUUGUAUAAGCAAGUGUUAUCGUUCAGUGUAAUACAAUGGGCAUAACUCCAUCUUCGGUGGGGGGGGGGGGAGGAGUGGGGUGGACAAAGGUCCCUCCCAGCAGAUUAACUCACUCCCCCAAUGUCAAAUAAGUUUCGCUCUAAGAUUGAGUAAUCGAUUAGUUGUAUAAAUAUGUUUCAAAACUGGUAGAAAGAGGAAAACUAAAUAAAUGGAAGCAAGUAGAAGGGAGAGUUAAUCAUCAUAUUCGUAAGAUGUAGACCGUACGUAUAGUGAGAAACCAUUUUUCUUAGUCAUUCAUCAUCAUACAAAUACAUAUAACUCUACUAAAUUGGUGGCAUAUCCAGAAUAUAGGACAGAGCUGUUGCCGUCGUACCCCAAAAUAAUUUCCCAUCAAGAAGAUUUUUUUUUUUAAAUAGUAGCAGGCGAAUAAUAACACGGUAUGAAUGUCUCAAUAUUUUCUUUGUUGCAUGCCAUUACCCAGCUGCGGUAAUCCAAUGUCGCGCCCGGGACAAGCAAUACAAUUUUCGCAUCUAUAGGCCCUUUAAAAAAGCACCUGACUUUGGACUCCGUGCAAGUAAUUUUUCCACCGAUCAAUUAUCAACAAGAAAUGGAAAAAUUCGGUAAAAGACUCCAAAUGUUAUUGCCAUCAAACAUGUCUUUUAGCUUACUCAAACUGUAUAUUAGAUGUAUUUCCUAAAGAUAGUCUAAUUCUAUCAGAAUUAUGAAUAAGCAUUAGGGAAAUCAUUUAUUGUUUAAAAACUACUAUCCUCAUUCCUCCGGAUACUUGUUUGUUUUAUAUAAUAGCACGUAGCUACUUUGAGUUAUAGACGGCAGGCCUGCAUGUACCAGUGGCGGAUCCAGCCGGCGGGAAGCUACCGGU